AUGGGGCGAGGCGAGGAAAGGGGGGGUCGGAGGCAGAACAAGAAUAGAACACGUGCGAGGAUUCGUAUUGGAUCUCUGAACAUGAGGGGAUUUGGAUCCACGGCGAGUGCGGUAGACGAGAGCAGAUGGAUGAGAAUUAAUCAGCUCAUACGUGAUGAGAAGAUCGGAGUGCUAGCACUCCAGGAAACGCACCUUAAUGAGGAAAGGGUGGCUGAGCUCAACGAACUCUUUGGGCGACACAUGCAUGUCAUGUUCUCGGCGAUGCCGGGGCAAGAGACGGGGGCGUGCGGAGUGGCGUUUGCGCUUAAUAAACGAUAUGUUGAACCAGAGAAGUGUACCUUCAAAGUAGUUGUGGAGGGUAGGGCGAUAAUUUUGACUAUGCCGUGGGCGACAGAACGGACGCUAAGGGUGCUGAACGUGUAUGGCCCGAACAUCCCGACGCUGAAUGCGGAGUUUUGGAAAGAUCUCCGACAAGCGGAUACGGGGGUCGUUGAUAUGCUCCUUGGUGACUUUAAUGUUGUAGAAGACGGCGUGGAUCGUAUUCCGGCAAAACAGGACCCGACGCAAGCAACGGACGCCCUGCGUGCGCUGGUUGAGGCCCUUCGCUUGUAUGAUGGCUGGCGUGCAGAGAAUCCUAAUACCAAGGAGUUUACAUACCUCCACAAAGCGACGGGUGCGCAAUCAAGGCUAGAUCGAAUCUAUAUAUCAGGGAGGCUGAGAGGUGACUCUGCGGAUUGGAGGCAUAAGGAAUCGGGCUUGGACACGGACCAUAAAAUGGUCACCGUCUCGCUUGCGAACAGGAGGGCUCCGUUCAUGGGGAAAGGGCGAUGGGCGAUGCCAACGCACCUCCUUACGGAUCUCCCGACUAUCAAAAUGAUGCGUGCGCUGGCGAGCAAGCUGAUAACAGAAAUUGAAGCGAUGAGCGCCCGAACGGAGGAGCGGAACCCGCAGACGAUGUAUCGUGAGUUUAAGAAUGCACUCACACUUGGUGCGCGUGCGCGAGCGAAGGAGAAAGUGCCGAAGCUCCAGAAACGGCUGGAUGGUCUCCGCGAGGACCUUGGGAUCACUCUCAACCAAGUUGGAGGGGGGGUGCCUUCCCUGGAAGAGGAGGCGAAGACGCAGCGGCAUGCGGCGAUCUUGCAGGACCGCAUUACGGUGCUGGAGCAGAAGCUUUUUGCAGGGCGGAGAAAGGCGGUGGCAUCGAAGCACUGGGUUCAAACGGAGACAAUGAGCAAGUACUGGACGCGCCCGAAUGUGGCGCCCUUACCGUCAAUU